AGAAGUUAUUCGCUUUACGAUAUCUUUCCAGUGCAUCGUUGUCGUCGUGGUCACGGUGGUGGUGCUGCUGCUGCUGCUGUUGUAGCAGCCGGUGCCGUCAUGGGCACAUCUGGCGGGGCAUGGACGCCAAUAUCGCCGUCACAUAAAAAAGACAAUCUCUUGCUCCCUCCGUGA